GGCCUGGGACAGUCGAGCGCAAAGGUUCCAUGCGUCUCGUGCCGGUGUCGCGCUCAAACGUGCAGCGACCACCGUCAACGCACGUACGCAUCGUACGUAAACGUAUAAAAGCCGAAAGAGUAUCUUUCGUCGUGUUUUCCAUGACCAAGAAACAAUAAGAUUUAUUGAUACAAGAAUGUGCGUUUAUCGCGAGUUCAUGCUUACGUUAGUAAGUGAAACGUGGAGGUUUCAAGUGAAGACUGUGAAUUUAAGAAUAAAAAGGGCUGAAUUGUGAUGCAGGAGAAGCAUCGGGAAGGAACGCUAGGCUGCCCGGACGCUUGAAAUAUGACAUAUAUACGCCGGGAGUUCGUACGCGUUGCAAUUAGUUGUUACACAAUUAUAUACAGAUAUACAAAGAUAUAAAUAAAUAUACCUAUAUAUAUAUAUAUAUACACACAUAAGCACGCAGAAAUAGCUAUAUGUGUGUGUGUAUAUAUAUAUGUGUGGAUAAAAGAGGUGCAUAAAUUGGUGCUUCGUUAAAACAAAAGAUCUGAAGAAAAACAAAACAAAGAAAACACUAGCGGAUCGAUGUAUUUGUGAUGGGAGUGCCUGCGCGAGGAGCUCUCGCGGCGAUCGUGGCCACUUUCGCCUUCGCAGUUUAUACCAACAGCCUCGGUUGUGGCUUCGUGUUUGACGAUAUUUCAGCGAUCAAGGAUAAUCGCGAUCUCAGACCCCAUACACCCCUGAAAAAUGUAUUUUUCAAUGAUUUUUGGGGUACCCCAAUGCACAAGGAACAAUCGCACAAAUCCUACAGGCCAUUAUGUGUCCUCACUUUUCGCUGGAAUUACGUGAUUCAUCAACUCGACCCAAUGGGAUACCACUUACUCAAUGUAAUUCUCCAUGUGGGCGUGUGCAUACUGUAUUUCAGGACCUGUUUGAUGUUUCUACCGGAUCUAGCGAGUUUUGUGUCUGCCCUUUUGUUCGCAGUGCAUCCCAUACACACCGAGGCUGUAACCGGCGUGGUUGGGAGAGCAGAAACUCUAUCAUCGCUGUUCUACUUGGCUGCUUUGAUAACGUACACCAAAGCUUGUCGGAGCAAAAGAUCUACAGCAUGGCGUUCACUGACGUUGUCAAUGAUCUGUGUGCUCGUCGCCAUGCUGUGCAAGGAACAGGGAAUCACAGCGACUGCAGUUUGUGUCUUGUACGAAAUUUUCGUCGUUCAAAGGGUCAGAGCAUUGGAUAUAUUCCUGGCGAUAAAAUCAGCGUUCGGUGGUAAUAAGAUAACGCCAACGUGGUCGGGCGAAGGAACCAAAAGAUUGGCCGCACUCACCCUCGUGACGUUUAGCCUCCUGAUAUUAAGAUUACACGUGAUGGGCUCCAAAUUGCCCGUAUUCACAAGAUUUGACAAUCCAGCGUCAGUAGCUUCGACACCAACGAGACAACUGACUUACAACUAUUUAGCUGCCGUUAAUUUACGACUACUAUUCCUUCCGAUCGAUUUGUGCUGCGAUUGGACAAUGGGAACGAUACCAUUGAUUGAGAGUUUUUUCGACCCGAGAAAUCUCGCGACUCUUGCUGCGCACGUUACUAUAUUUGGGCUAUUGGGAACAGCAAUUUUUACACGUAGCCGACAAACUUCGGUUAUUCUUAUUAUGAGUCUGGCACUCAUGAUUUUACCAUUUCUUCCUGCGUCGAAUCUCUUCUUCCCCGUUGGUUUUGUUAUCGCUGAGCGAGUUUUGUACGCACCUUCCAUGGGUUUUUGCAUGCUGGUCGGUUACGGCUGGAGUAUCCUCUCUGAUAAAAGAUACUCGAAGCUGACAUCGAUCUUACUGGUGACGCUAAUAGCUGCGCACUCGGCAAAGACUUUCGUCAGAAAUUAUGAUUGGCUGGAUGAAUAUUCGAUAUUUAUGUCGGGACUGCGAGUGAACGAUCGUAACGCCAAGUUAUUCAAUAACGUCGGUCAUGCUCUCGAGAGCCAAGGCCAAUUUAAGGAAGCUUUGAACUUUUUUAACGAGGCUGUUCAUGUCCAAGGCGAUGAUAUCGGAGCUCACAUAAACGUCGGUAGAACGUACAAUCAUCUCAAGAUGUUCAAAGAGGCUGAGGAUGCUUAUUUGAAGGCAAAAUCUUUAUUGCCGAAGGCAAAGCCCGGGGAAUCUUAUCAAGCGCGAAUAGCGCCGAAUCAUUUGAACGUAUUUGUGAAUUUGGCGAAUCUCAUAGCGAAGAACGCGACGAGACUGGAAGAAGCUGAUCUGUUAUAUAGGCAGGCGAUAAGUAUGCGAGCCGAUUAUACUCAGGCGUACAUAAACCGUGGGGAUGUUCUGAUUAAGCUAAAUCGCACGAAGGAAGCGCAAGAAGUUUACGAGCGUGCUCUAUUCUACGACAGUAAUAAUCCAGACAUUUAUUACAACCUGGGCGUUGUAUUUCUCGAACAAGGAAAAGCCUCUCAGGCUUUGGCCUAUCUUGACAAAGCUCUUGAAUUUGAUCCCGAACACGAGCAAGCUCUCUUGAACUCGGCAAUAUUGUUGCAAGAACUUGGAAGGGCUGAAUUACGAAAAGUUGCUCGAGAAAGACUUCUCAAAUUGUUGAGAAAGGAUUCCAACAACGAAAGAUUGCAUUUCAAUCUGGGUAUGCUCGCGAUGGACGAUCAUGAUUCUGCGAGUGCUGAGCGAUGGUUUCGCAACGCUGUUGCUUUGAAAGAAGAUUUUCGUUCGGCUCUCUUCAAUCUCGCACUUUUGCUCGCCGACGAGCAGAGACCGUUGGAAGCAGCACCGUUUUUGAAUCAACUCGUCAGAUUUCAUCCGGAUCACGUUAAAGGCCUAAUACUUUUGGGAGACAUUUACAUUAAUAAUAUCAAAGACUUUGAUGCCGCUGAAAAUUGCUAUAGGAGAAUUCUUCAAUUGGAUCCGACAAAUAUCCAAGGUCUCCACAAUCUCUGUGUAGUAAUGGUAGAGCGAGGAAAAUUGGGAAUGGCAGCGCAGUGUUUGGAGAGGGCAGCGAAACUCGCGCCUCAUCAGGAUUACGUUCACCGUCAUUUGGCGAUAGUACGAGCGCGCAUUAAUCGUUUACCGCCUGAGGAGCGUGAUACCGAAAUCAUCGAUGAUGUUACGUGGAACAAUAUAAUCCGUGAUCCUACGAGUUUCGACAAUAACGAUCCCACGAAGGGACAAUUUUUGGGGAAAACCGAUGGAGUUUUUCUCAAUCAUGCAGUUGUGCACAAUCACAUAAGCAACGCUAAAGCCAACACUGCGGAUUCGUUAAACAAUCAUAUUAUACAUUUAAAAGCACCGAUUAAAUCGGAAGAAAGCAGCAACAAAAAUACGUUGUUGAAUGACGAUGAGACGCAAACUAUUGCUGAGACUAUUGGCGAACGUAAUUUCGACAAAACCGUACACGGCGACGUUACCGAACUCGAGAUAGAUCAUAAUCGCGUCACCAAAUUAGCCAAUUCCGAUUGAUUGAAUGAAGACAAAAAAACACAGUGUCGCGAGAUUUCAAUAUGAUGAAAGAAAGAGAGAGAUUGAACAAAUACGAGUAAAUGAGGAUGUUUGAAAUCGGUUAUAAAUAUGCCGGAUGUCUCAGGUUGUAUGGUCAAUAAUGGAAAUUUAAGUCUGGCAUCAAGUACCGGAUCGAAAAGUCUCAUGCAGUUUUGCACUCGGAAGCUUAUCCCCCGUGAGUUAUUGCAACGAAACUUUCAAAUCCGAAAAAAAUAAAAGCAAUAGCGCCAUGCCUAUCCUAAACGGAAGGGGGAGAGCUAAAAAUCAAAUUUUCUUUUUCCAAAAAUGAGAUACCGAUUUAAAAAAUCGUAAACCUUUUUUUCCCGAAAUAUUAUGUGGUUGAAGAACUUUGAUUAUUCACGAAAACUGGAACGUGUCGAAUACACAGCAGAAUUUUUACUGGCUCCUUUCCUCUGCCUCUCAGGGUACUCAAAUUAUUCUUUAAAAGAGCACGAGCAAUAAAACAGUGUCAAACUUUUCGACUCGGAAUUCGAACUCUUGCUCGAGUUUAUAUCGUCGAUCAUCGAACUCGAAACACCUUGUAUAGUGGACAGUGUGAAAAAGAAAAGAGUGAAAGGGGCGAAAGAGAAAGAGAGCGAGAGAGCGGAUAGGAAUAGAGCAAAACACUCGGGGGCCUGUCCAUAGAAUAAAUUUUAAUAAUCCGCCGAAUAUUGUAAAGUCAUAUACGUAUGUGUCGGGGCUCGGGCGCAUGAAAGCGAUAGGAGGGCAAGGGGGCGAGAAAGAGGGCCCUUAACGAGGCGAGUUAACGUGGUAUAUAGUCGUAUAGCGCUAACGUGUGAAUAUAAAAUUGAAAUACAGAGUAUUGUUUUAUAUGCUGUAUAAAAUAGGACAUUUUAUAAAAUAUAUAUGAAAAUAUA